AUGGGUCGGAAGCAUUGUGCGCGUAGACGGUGGCUCUUUGGACAAUAUCAUUCUUCAAAACAAGUAGCUGCUGAAUCCGUUGCCUCAGCCAUGUCUGGGCCUAGUUUUUCCUUAUUUUCUGAUUCUCAGUCUCCACUUAGUCGUAACCCUAGCAGUAGUCAUGUUGAAAACACAACUGAAAAUGUAGAAUUAGAGGGUGGAAAAGGCAAAAAUAUUAAUGCCGCGUCAGUCGAUGAAACUCCCUACCUGUCAUUACCCGACACAAAUUCCGAACCAGUCAUAGGAGGUGUUUCUGUGACUGAUAAGGGAAAAGGUAAAGUUGUUGAGGAUUCUGAGUUAGGGGGAAGCCGACGUGAAUCCGUGCAUGAAACAGAGACUCAACCAGUAGAUCUUGAUUGUAGCGAUGAUUCUCAGUUAAAGAAGAGAAAAAUUGGUGUCGCACCCAAGAAGUUACAAUCAGUUGUCUUUGCAUUAGAUGAUUUUGUACGUGAUCUAGUGUUUAGGCCAGUUGAUAGUGGUGGUGAGAAGCAAGUAUGGAAGGAAUGGGACCGUUGUUGGGAUUUCCUUGUGCCUAUUGACUUAGAUUAUAAACCAAAGGUUGAUUGGGAUACCAACUGCCAUGUUAUUCAUCAAUUGAAAGCGAAUUUAUCAAAGAGGCAACUUCGACUUUUUAAGAAAACAUGCUUUGGCUAUUUUUUGGAUCUGCCACCAGUGAUUGUGCAGAUUCGGGUUAUGCACCAUUUGCUUAUGAGAGAAGUACAUCAUGAGGUGAAAAAUGAGAUGCGGUUUGUAGUGAAUGAUUCUAGGUUGCGGUUUGGCUUGGGUGAAUUUGCACUUGUUACUGGGUUGAAAUGUAAGGGUGAUACAAGUAUAGAGAGCAUAGCAGAGAAUAGGUUGAUUUCAAAAUAUUUUGGGACUGCAUCCGUGACAUUUGCCCAACUAGCAGACUGUUUUAAGAAGAAGAAAUGGGAAACGGAUGAUGAUGCGUUGAAGAUAGCAGUUCUUUAUUUUAUCAACAGCUUCUUAUUUUCUCAACUCAAAACAAAGGCUAUUUCACGGUCUUACAUUGACUUGGUUGAGUCCGGUGAUUUUAAUAAUUAUCCCUGGGGUAUAGAUGUUUAUAAAGCUACAAUUGACUCGUGUUCCAACAAGUUUCAAGAUAAGCCUUCUUUUUAUAGACUUGGUGGCUUCCCGUUGGCUUUACAGACUUGGUUGUAUGAAUGCUGCCCAAGUUUGGAUGGUCACUUUGCUGAUCAUCUUGGAAACAAACUUCCACGAAUUUUGAAUUGGCUAAAGAACAUCACCCCAACUGAUGAUGAGAAGAAACAAUUUGAUGUGCGUGGUCUAAGCUUUGAAAUUGAAGUUGAGUGCACUGACAGCCAGCCCAGCCAGUCCGAUAGCUUUCAGGUUUUUGGCACUCAAUUACCAAAGACACAAAGUAUGCCUGAAAGUACUGGAGGUGAUUCCCAACCUACCAAUGCUGAGGUAAUGAAGGAGUUACAAGCUUUGAAGCUUUUUGUAGAGAACAAGUUUGAGGAGGUGCUUGCAGCUAUUGGUAAGCAGUCAAUGAAGUCAAUGAAACCAGAGGAAAAUUCAGCGCAUAAGCAACAGUAUUAUGAUCCUGACUUUCGUGAGAUGGAUAAUGAUUAUGACCAGAUUGAAAGUGGCCACGUUGAGAAUGAUCCUGUAGUUAUUGGAAAUAGCACGCCCACAGCACCUUCUAUAUCUGGUUUUGCCGGGGUUGAUCAAGAUGGAUGUGCCACUGGUGUCAAUGUGAAGAACGUCACAGCAAGUGAUGGCGUAGUUAAUGAGGAUUUGCCUUCUGCCCCCUUCGUAAAUGAGCAUGAUUUUGGCUUUGAUUCUAACUUUGAUCUGUCUGCAUCUGCAAUUGAUCAAAUCACCGCCAUUACACAACAAGCAACAUAUAAGCAGUCAUCUCAUGAUGUUAAAAAGUCGGGUCCUGCUCCACUGCCAUCAGGAAUCCCUGUACAGACACGAGCAGAUGUUGUUAUUGAGUCUAAUACUGCUCCACAGGCAUGUCGGGUUGAUGGUGUUGGUCAAGUGGAUGUUGGUGGCAGUAAUGUGAAUUUGCCUUCUGCUCCAUCUCAACACGGGGGUGAUCUUCACUUGGAUUCUGAUUUUGAAUAUACUGAUUCUCAACUUGAUCAAAUUGCUGCCAUUACACAAGGAGGGAGAUGUAAUGUAAAUCAAUCAGGAAAUGAACUGACAACUGGUGCUGUAAAUAAGUCUAAACCUGAUCAGUCGGUAUCAAGAAGUAUUGUCCAGAUACAAACAGACGUUGAAACUACUCCUGCAGUUUUGACACGGAAAAGGCGCCCCGCAGCUGUAAAACAGUCGCCGUAUAGGAAUGACUGGCAAUCUGGUGUUAGUGCAGUUGGGGGAUCCUCGAAGGUUAUCAAAGGAAGAUUUCCAUUUGUAAAUGACAUUUCAGAGACUGUUAAUUUUAAGCUUACGACUGCCUUCUCAAACUUUGUUGAAGCAAACAUGCAAUUGGGAGAGGAAGUGUAUUUACCUGCUGAUCAAAAGCUAGAGCCUUGUUUUGACUUUGGAGUUGAACGGAUUGAUGAUAAGAUGUUUUUCCAUACCUUAAACUAUUCUGGCAGGCCACUUUCUAGUUCGCACUUGAAUAUUAUAUUCUACUAUCUAAGGAAGAAGGCGAAAUAUGGAAUUAAUAUGCCAAUCAAAGUCACAACUAUAGAUACUCUUUUUAAUAAUAUCAUUCAAAGGGUUUUCAAAGAAUUUGUAAAAGGUGGGAAACAAGAUCAUUUGAUUGAUAGAUCAGACGAUAUCAUGCAGUACAUGAAAGGAUUUAGGAUGCAUUGCAACACUUCAUGGCACCAGGUUGAUCAUGUCCUUUUUCCAAUUAAUUUGGCAGAAAGUUGGCAUUGGAUAUUGGGGUGUGUGUCAUUCCACAAGAGAUGUUUUUACGUAUAUGACUCGCUACGUAGUCGAAAGCACAAAAAAGCUAUUCAAAAGGUGGCAGAGGCUUAUGCUGUGUUGAUCCCCCUAUUUCUAGUUAGUAUUGAAUUUUAUAACCAAAGAAGUGACAUUGUAGUAGAAAAUGGUCUGCACAUGGGAAAGAAUUUGACUGAUCCUUUUGAGAUUGAACUGAUUACAAAUCUGCCAACACAGCAAAAUUCAGAUUGUGGAGUAUAUGUUGCUUGCUUUGCUGAGUAUAUUAUUGAAGAUCUUCCAAUCCCUGUUGCCAAUUUUGAUGUGGAUGGUCUUCGAGCUAGGUUUGGUAUACUGUUGUGGCACUAUGGGAGGAACAAGCAGUUGCAUGGCGAAUCAAGUGAAUCUGAGGCUCCAGUAGCACCUAAAAAGACUCGUGGAAAGAAACGCAAGAAGUAG